AUGGUUGGCUCAGGAUAUAAUAUCUUGGCAAAGGCGCUCUAUGACAACAAGGCGGAGUGCUCAGAUGAGCUGGCCUUCCGCAAAGGAGACAUCCUGACGGUUCUGGACCAGAAUGUCAUUGGCAGUGAGGGCUGGUGGAAAUGCUCCCUCCACGGCAGGCAGGGCCUGGCCCCCGCUAACCGCCUCCAGCUCCUCGCCACCUCUCAGGCUGUCCUGCUGCCUCCUUCCACCCAAAGCAACCCUGCAGAGUCACCAGCGGGCCAACAAAACAUCUACCAGGUUCCCUCCGUCCCCAAGCCUACCGUGUUGUCGUCUACCUAUGAGAAGAUGGAGGGGUGGGUUAAAUCUCCGGCUCAGGUCCCCACCCCGCCUGCCCAAGGAAUAUACCAGGUACCAGCCUUGGCUGCACAGCUGCUCAGUGAAAGGACCCAAACCUCAACAAACCAGCACCUGCUUACUCUCCCGAGAGCCUGCUGGGCUUCAGUCCCAAAUAUCAGGAGUGAGGUGUACGAUGUGCCAUCCACACAGCGCCGGGAGUCCUUACUCACACAGAGCGGUGCCACCCCACCCUCCGCACGAAAGGGCUCUCUGCUGGUCAGAUCCACAAAGUGUUUCCAGGAAGAGAAGAAACAGCUUUACAGCAUUCCAUCCAGCCCAGAAAAGGCAGGAGCCGUUACCCAGAACAACUCACCAGCAGGCAAUUUAUAUGAUGUCCCUCCCAAAAGAGAAACUGAUGUUCCAGAAAAUGACUCUCAGAAAAAGUUCUGGGGCCAUUACAAUACCUUGCCAAAUCCUCGAAAGUCAGAAUGGAUUUAUGAUGUUCCAGUGUCACCUGAAAAAACAGGGUUAAAACAAAACCCUUCUGGCCAUUCCUUGGAGAACCAGAUGCUGUAUGAUAUACCGCCAGCCAGGUACAAGGCACUAACAACAAAUGCUGAAGCCAAAGUUGUAAAUCCACAAUUAUAUGAUAUCCCACCAACACAACGGAAAUUAACAUUUCCAGAUAUCAAUCUCUACGAUGUUCCAUCCUCACGGGACGUGCUUUUUUUGCCACAAAACGGUAACUGUGAUGUACCCCCAGGUCCUCUGGAUCCAAAGGCUGAGAAUCAGAUUUCUGAAGAGAAUGUCUAUGAUAUUCCAAAAGGUUUGCCCACUGCUUUGCAGUCCAAGAAAGAGAUGGAAAAAACCAGUGAUACUUCUAGAGACCAAGCAUACAGUGCUCCUCCUCAGCCCUCAAGAGAUGCCAAAAGAGAACAAGACACAUUAUCUGUUUCUAGUGUGGACAGCAGAAGCAGCACACUCUCUACAUCCUCAAACGCUUCCGCCGAGUCCUUUUUUACAUCAUCAUCAGAAGAGCCUGCCAAAGAAAUUAAACUGGACCUUGACAUAGCCAUAGAGACACUGACUAGAUUGCAGCACAGUGUAUCCAGCUCGGUUGCAAGUUUAAUGAUCUUUGUGAGCAGUAAAUGGAGAUUACAAGAACACCUAGAGAAAAGCAUUGAAGAAAUCCACAGGGCAGUCGAUCACAUAAAAGUAUCCCUGGGAGAAUUCCUGGCUUUUGCCCGAGUCGUAAAGGUAAAUGCCUCUUACCUCACUGAUAGCAACCUUCAGACCAGAAUUAAAAAACAGCUAGAAAUUCUUAUGAACUCCUUCCAAAUUUUAACAGAAACAAGAGAAGCUCUAAACAACUGCCACUGGUCACUAGAGGCUUUGGUCCUCAGGAAACCUCAGAACAACCCAGACGAUCUUGAUCGCUUCGUUAUGGUAGCCCGUACGAUUCCAGAUGAUAUCAAGCGGUUUGUAUCCAUCGUCAUUGCCAACGGAAAGCUGCUCUUCAGAAAGGACGAGAAGGAAGAAGAAAUGAAGCAAUCAAAAGUGAACCCUGAAUAUAAAAUGGCAAAACAAAUCGCAGUGCCAAGAAGAAUAGAAAUAGAUUCGCUUCAAAGAAAUCCUCCUGAUAAACCCAACCCAAGUCAGGUCUCUGCUGAGAAACCAAAAGAAAACCUCACCGAGGGCUCUGAGUAUGUGCAGUUACAGGUUUUGCCGUCAGCAAAAAAGACUGAAACUCAAAGCAAGCAGGACUCUGCAAAGAAAAUCGCCCUCCCAGAACACUGUAAGCUGUGUUUUGGAGCACUUCACAAGGCAAUUGGUGUAUUUACUAAUAGUCUGAGCAACAACCAGCCACCCGAAGUCUUCAUAUCCCACAGCAAAUUGAUCAUUAUGGUGGGACAAAAGCUAGUGGAUUCUCUCUGCCAGGAAACUCAAGAAAGAGACGCUCGGAACCACGUUCUCCACAGCAGCAGCCGGUUUUGCAGCCUCUUGAAGAACCUGGCUCUUGCCACCAAAAGUGCUGCGUUACAAUAUCCAAACGCAGAUGCCAUGAGGGAACUUCAGGAUCAAACUGAGGAGCUGUCCAAGUACACGCAGCAGUUCAGAGCCAUGAUGGAAUGA